GAAUCAUUAACAGUUUAAUGAACAUGCACGCAUUCUGCGACAAAAUAAUCGCUGCGACUAAAUAAUAGAACCAGUCCUAUUUUAGCAGCGACGCGACUAUUGCUGUUUUGAAUGAAGCAUACCGACUCGUAGGGACGUGCACGCAUUGCGAUUAUUUAGCAGUACGAAUUUCGUUGGAUUGGAACCGUCCGACAUUUUCCCUGUUUUCAGUUGUGAUUAGUAGUACAUAAUAUAUUUAAUUUUGGGUGUGAAAUAUUUGAUAUUAAUAAAAAAUCAUGUCUGACAGUGAAGAAACGACCCACAUCGUUCUUGAUACUGAGAGAAUUAUUGUGGAAGUGGAAAAAAGACCAGCGCUGUAUAAUAAAGAACUGAAGGAAUACAGCGAUAGAAAUGCGAAAGAGAAAUUAUGGACAGAAGUAUGCGCAAAUGUAAUACCAAAAUGGCAUGAACUAUCAGGUGCAGAAAGAAAAGACAGAGGUAAGGAGUUACAAAAGGAGUGGAAAAACUUAAAAGACCGAUUUAUCAAGGACAUCAAGGUGCAAAAAGACAUUGCCAGUGGUUCAGCAGCAUCAAAGAAAAGAAAAUAUAUUUUCGCUGAUAUUAUGCAGUUUCUCCUACCAGAACUAAAGGAUCGAAGUACCGACACUAACAUUCCAGAAACAGACAUAGGCACACAUGAUAUCAAUGAUUCGAAAAAUAUUAGUAAAGAGGAUGAAGCGAGUGGUGUGAAAUGUCACGCCUGUCAUUCAGCAGAAAACUACUACCUAUACCCCAAAAUCACGUCCUAAACAAACUUUUGAACAACAACUCAUAGGAUUGUUGGAGCGUAAUCAAGCACCAAGUACCCCACAAGAAGAAGAUGAAGAUUUGGCUUUUUUUAAAUCCCUUUUACCAGCUGUUUUGAAAAUUUACUGACUAUCAGAAAACUGAAUUCCGUUUAGAAGUUCUUAACUCCAUGUGAAAAAUUCAAUCAAUAAAUUUUCCUGUACCACAAAAUAUUCACUCAUAUCCCCCUUCCUACUCCCAACCAUUGCAACAGUCCCAAAUAUCACCCAAUCCUUCAAUUGCUUCUUGGGUUUUCCAAUCGUUGAAUCUACCACGCUACACAAAUCAAGUACCAAUUCAGCCACCACAGCCCUCACCUGUCAGCUUUAUCUCCUACUGAAUCACAGAUGUCUCAAUAUAGUGACCUCCUAGAUAUAUAAUAACCUUCAUGCACUUUUUUUUAAAUAAUAAAAAAUAAAUUGUUUCUUACCGUAAAGUUAUUGUGAGUAUUUCUUCUACACUUAUAGGUUCACAGAACUUUGUUUUUGAUUUUUGCAGGCUAACUUUUAGCAAUUCAUUUAAUUCAUCGAACGACUUCAUCGACAUUCUAUAAUAAUUGAAAAAAUUUUCUGGGUACUUCCUCAGUUCUCUAUAUAGACAAUGAAAUUGCCCUAAAGUUAAUCGCAUCAUAUUUAAUGGAUGAACCAAGUACCUUCGCGGCUUUCUUCUUUUUUUAAUGCGUAUGCAAUACACACUAAGUCGACAGCAGUCAGCUUGUACGCCAUUCUGAAAAAUA